AUUCAUCAAAUAAUUGCAGUAGAGUACCUUAUCCUUCUUGUUCCCUUGAGCAUCUGUAGUGAUGGCAAUCAAGGUCCAUGGGCACCCUCUAUCUACAUCAACACACAGAGUUCUUGCAACCCUAGCAGAGAAAGAACUUGAUUAUGAGUUUAUUCUUAUUGAUUUAGCAACUGAUCAGCAAAAGUCAAAGGCUUUUCUUUCACUCAAUCCCUUUGGUCAAGUGCCGUUCUUUGAAGAUGGAGAUUUAAACCUCUUUGAAUCAAGGGCAAUCACUCAAUACCUUGCACACACGUAUGCGGACAAGGGAACCCCACUGAUAACCAAUGAUCCGAAGAAAAUGGCAAUCAUUUCACAGUGGAUAGAAGUUGAAGCCCAUUGUUUUUAUCCUCCAGCCUACAAACUAGCCUAUGAGCUCGUGAUCAAGCCGAUAAGUGGCGAGACUAAGGAGGAAGAAUCCGUUGUCUUGCAGCUUGAAGCCAAAUUGACAGAAGUUCUCGACAUUUACGAAUUGCACCUCGCGCAAUCCAAGUAUUUGGGCGGGGAUUCCUUCACAUUAGCUGAUUUGCAUCACUCGGCAGUUAUCAACUUCCUGAUGGACACAAAACUUAAAGCCCUUUUCGAUUCGCGUCCGCAUGUUAGUGCAUGGUGCGCCGAUAUUCUGGCCAGGCCCGCUUGGAAAAAGAUUGUUGCAGCAAUGAAGUUUUGAUGGAAUUUGCAUUGCAAGCCAUUGAUUAUGUUCGUGAAAUUAACCUGUUUCUCUUCAAUGUUCUUUGGUUUAUGGGAUUUCGAGCGUCUGUCCGUGUCUGUUUGUGUGUGUGUCUGAUAAGAAGUGGAAAUGGUUCGUAUUUUACAGUGAUGGUCAACUCCUUUGGUUGUGCAUUUCUAAUAUAAAUAAGAUUGGAUGGAUCGGAUGUAAAAUUCAA